AUGCGACGAAAAGAAUUUGCUAGUCAUUUGGGAAUUUUGCAUGGUGAUUCUGCUGCCGUUCUUCAGUUCUGCCCCAGCAAUUCCAGUAGGGCGGGAUUUCCAAUGUGUGAAGAGUUAGCCAUGGAAACGAUUCUGCGCAUAAGCUUUCCAGAUGGCCGGAAAGAGGAGGAGAUUCACACGACUCUAGAGAACUGGCCCGAGUUUCAAGUGCAGGAUGCGUGGCCUGCGAUCGAAGAGAAGCUGGAGAAAGUGAAAGUGAAACACCAUCUGGAGAAGUACACCUUCAGAUACGUUUCAGAUCCAUCUUUGACUCAGUCACAGGAGUUGUGGGAUUUGAGGGAUGAAGACAACUUGGAGGAUCUGAUUCAGACCAGCUUGGAGAAGGAACCAUCCUUGCCCCCUUUGAUUUUGCAGGUAGUUCUUGCCCCUCCGGGUCAAACGAUCUGGGCACCGAAUUUCUAUGAGUCUGAGACCCCCCAUAUCUCUGGUAUCUCGUGUAGCUUUGGCCCUUCGUAUGGCUAUAGAUCGCCACUCGCCACAUCGGUGGGUCCGGAGGACGUGCCAAUCAAGCUAAUUCGGAAGCGGACCUUUUUGGAAUGGGUUCCGGUGGGGAACGCCAGACCGUAUCACACAGACAAGUUGCAACCAGUUGACACUGCCAACAAUAUAGAAUAUCAUGAGAGGAGUGCGGUUGCCAGCCUUAGAGCUAUUGCCAGCAGUCUUGAGGCUGCCUUGGACGGAGCUGAGGCCGUAUCCUCUGCCUUUGCUGGCCCUGAGGCCCCUGUGACAGUAGCCUCACUGGAAUUGGACUUAGAGGCAUCUGCUAUCUCUGCGUUUUCCGCUGGGGCCUCUUCUGGACCUUCAGCUUCCCGCGUUUCAAGCCACGACGAGAUUGCUCAGCUUCUUACUGCUGCCCCUCCUGCUUGUCACCAAAUCUGUGCCACUUUGCAGUGCCCCCCUGAGGAGAAGAGGUCCAGAACCCAGAGAGCCUGGGAAGCUGGUCUGUGGGCAAAGGCCACUCUCACAGGACAGAUCGACCGUCCUAGGCCUACCCCCAAGCUUGACAAGAGGCCCACUGUCUACGUCAUCUUGCGGGUCUCAAUGAUGGAGGCACCUACGGAAGUGUUUCGGAGCUUGGAGGAGGUCCGAACUCUCGACCAAGGGCCAGUCCCUACCUAUGUUGUGCAGCUCCCGGAGGUAGUAGAUGCGGCAACAGACUCGACUCUCCCUUCCAUGGAGGUUCUGGCUAUUCCUGUGCUCUCUCGGAGCUCUGGUGUUCUGAUGGCUCUGCCGGCCGACUCCCUUCCUCCAGAGGUGGCCUAUCCUGUGGAUCCUCCUCUGCCUCAGGCACUGAUAGGACCAGUCAAGGAGAUUUUGGUGACAGCCGCUGCGGACGACGAAGAAAGCCUGGAGAAACAUUUAGACUUGCAGCUUCAAUGUAUGCUGGUGGACUUCGAUGUUGCCAUCCUUCCCAAGCUACGGCGGUUAGACCCGGUCACCGAGGGGCCAGGGAUCCACUGUUUCUCGACAGGAGAUGUGGACAUUUUCCCUUCUUCCCAGGAGUUGUUGACCGCGACCUAUGCCUGGAUUCAAGAGGAGCAGGAAGGCAGGGUAGGCUACUACUCGGCUAUGGAGGAGCUUCCCCCAGAAAACCCCAGAGGAGUCCCGAAGCAAGCAACGGCCAAAGCCAAGCAGAAGGCAGCAGCAGCCCCAAAGAGAGUUUCCACUGCGACCCUCUCCCAACAGCUGGCUGUUCUAGCCGAGUCCAUUCCAGCCCUAUCUUCAUCAUUAGUCGAGAUGCAGAAGAGACAAGACAGCCUGGAACAGGCCCUGUCCCGUCGUCCGGCAGCCCCUCCCCCUGCUCCUCAUCGGUUGGAUUUUGGUCAGACAGGUCAGUCUCCCAAAAGGACCAUUCCCCCUCCUUCCAAGUUUCUCGCAGCGGUUGGUCCCCCCCCAAAGUUGAGGAGCCCUCAGAAGCCCCAGAAGGUGGAGGAGAUGCCAGAGGACGAGCCCCAGGGGCUUUUGGAGGAGUUGGAGGAUGUCCCACCCGAGGAGCAACAACAUACCGUGUCACAGAUGCUGGUGAAGCAGCAAGUGGCCCUCAACUCCCUUGUGGCUCAUCUUGCAAGUCAGGAUGGACUUCACGACCUAGGGGUAUCAGGAUCAGCCUCUUCAAGCAUCUCCCUGAAAGGUUCAGCCAAGCGAGAACGUUUGCUCUCAGACCUGGCCGCCAGGCGCAGCGACUUCUUCUUGAAGGUUGCACAGAACGCCCACAGGCGUCUCAAGCCCGCAGAAGCGGUGCCCCAAGCCCUCGAGGAGUUUCCCCAGAAGGCCCUCUUCACCAAGUACCUGGAACUACAGGGAGGAUACACAGGUUAUCAACGAGAGCAAGGGCUUACCAUGUGGCUGCUGGGUCACGUAGCAGAUCAGAUGCUGCUAGGAGAUGUGAAGGGCGCCCAGGAGAUGUUGGCCUUGGCGAUGGUAGCAAUAGAGCAGAGUGCUAUGGACAAUGGCAAGUGGGAGAUAGCAUGGGUGUUAGCACUUCAAGAAGAUCCCCCCCAGCAGCUCUUUGCUCACCGCCCCAUAGCAACGAACCCCAGGCUGAGGGCCUUCAGCCCCCUGUGCCCUGCCGACUGGGGAGCCAUAGCUCUUGCCUACGUCAAGGAGCUGGAUCUUCUCUCCGGCAGGAGACAGGAGGCUCUUCCCAAGAAGCAAGGUGGUGGGAGGCAGGAGGAGGAAGCAGCCGACCCUACAAAGAAGCCAAAGCAGCCCACGUUCCCUCGAAAGCCAAAAGCACAAGGAGGGCAGAGCUCAACAGAGACUGCAUGA